GUUGGACAGGAAAACAGCCUCCAGGAAAGAGCUGGGACCAUCUUUUCAUUUCUCCCAAAGCCCUAUGAGCCAUGCACCAGCAAACAUAGAGCUAUACCUGCUCUCCGUAUCACAACCUCGACUCGCAUUCAAGCACCCGAGACAAGGCGGCCCUCUGCCCCCCCAAACCCCAUCUAUCACAAUCACCGAGUCCUUGGGGUCAACCCAACCCAAUCACCACCUCCGCCACCUAAAUCCAAAACCAACAACGCACAAAAAUGGACAUCCCCCAUCAACUCCAAUCCUCCCUCUCCACAACAAAUUUACCCCUUCCCUCCCUGACCUGGCUCCAAACCCAGUUCACAUCAACCCGCCACCCACCGCCCCCACUCGCCUCCCUCCUCGCAACAGCCCGCACCCGUCUACUAGCAAGCGACCUGACGACACUCGGCCUGCUCGACCUACGCUACGUCGCAUCCCACUCCCUCCCGCCACAACUCCCACAAUCCCACGCCACCAAGCGCGAGACAGAAUUGCCCACAGACGUAGUAGUGCAGGUGCUAGACAUCGAGGACUUAACCCGUUCACGGUGGGAGCAAGUCGAGGAAUUAGAAGCGAUCGCGCGCGGGGAGGGGACGAGGGGACGCGAGGUUGUGCGGCUACCCACUCUGCCCACACCGGGUAGUACCGCCGAGGACGGAUAUGGCGACGGGGAUGGCACGCAGGGGCAGAAUCAGCAAGGCGGACAAGCACAACAGCAACAGCAACAACAGGGCGUGGCGAGCAGCAAGAACAUCACUCACAAGCUGCUGGUGCAGGACUGCAAGGGGCAGACGGUGCAAGCUCUCGAGCUGAAGCGGGUGGACAGGCUGGCCGUGGGCAAGACGUUUAUCGGGGAGAAGAUCCUGCUGCGCGCGGGGACGGUCGUCGCGCGCGGGGUGGUGUUGCUGGACCCUGCGCUGUGCGUGGUGCUGGGCGGCAAGGUGGAGGCGUGGCAUCGGGCAUGGGUCGAUGGGCGGUUAGCGAGGUUGAGGGAGGCCGUUGGGGCUGAGAGGAGGGGAUGAGUUGGUGCUCCUAGGGACAGGAAGGGCAGGCAGCGGGAGGUUGUGAUUUCAUGUUAUGAUACCCAUCUCGC